AGAGAGAGAUUGUGAGCUUUAUUUCCGACAAGUGGCUUUCGAGUAAAUUUGUUACUAUCAACUGGUCACAAUCGUAAUUUAGUCUUCUAUAUAACCAGUAAAAUCACCGACCUCUGUGCGAGCCGCCUGGUACCUCAGUUCCUCGGUGAGGAGGAGAGAUAGGAAGUGAGCUGACCCUGAGCUAUUCUCUUUCAGCUUGAACGGAUCGUUUUUGUAUCCUCUCAAGUCUCAACUGCGUGUAUGUGAGUAUGUCUGUCGACUGUGUGUGUAUUUGAGAGAGAGAGAGAGAGAGAGAGAGGGAGACAUCAGUACAAAGUCUUUUCUUAAUAUAUGUUCUGUGAAAGAACUUCUUUCUUCCCAGACGUACACGCCAUUAGUGGAUAGAGAGAAGCUCAGUCAAUGGCGAACAGGGUUUCAGUUAUAGCUUCGUUUCCUUCUCUCGGAGUCUGCACUUCAAGUUUGAACAGUCCCAUCUGACCGCCGGAAAAUGACGUCUUAGCUUGCCGGAAGAGCUUACGUUUGUCUACGGAGUGCCCUUUUUUUUUUGUUUUUCUCUCGAGUAAAAGAGGCAGAAAGAAAAAAUGCUGGAGUACGAGUGGGGGAAUCCAUCUGCAAUGUUACUCUCUGGGGAGGAGCCCGGACAAGAUUCCGACCAAACGCGCCAGAUUUUCGACCAGUACAACCAAACACUGGCGGGGAACUUCCUUUCUCCUGCGGCUUCGUACCCUACUCAUCACCCCUUCCAACAACAGCAACAUCAGAACCAAACCCAUCUCCAGUCCCUCUACGACGCACGAUCUUACUCACUGUCUUACCCGCACCAGCAUCCUGCACCGGAACCUGUUGCCGGGCCCACUAGUUUUAUGAUCUUGCCGAAGAGCGAGGAGGUGUGUGGACCAGGAGGCAUGGAUUUUCCGGCCAGAAUCGGGUUAAAUUUAGGUGGUCGGACGUAUUUCUCGUCGGCAGAAGACGAUUUCGUGAACCGGUUGUACCGCCGAUCGAGACCGAUCGAAGCCGGCGUGUCGAACUCACCGAGAUGUCAGGCCGAGGGAUGCAACGCCGAUUUGACUCACGCGAAGCAUUAUCACCGGCGUCACAAGGUCUGCGAGUUUCACUCGAAAGCCUCCACUGUGUUAGCUGGCGGGUUGACUCAGCGCUUUUGCCAGCAAUGUAGCAGGUUUCACCUUCUGUCGGAGUUCGAUCAAGGAAAACGAAGUUGCAGGAAACGGUUGGCCGAUCACAACCGUCGGAGGAGAAAAUCGCAACCUCAGCAACAAACCCAGCAGCAGCAGCAACAAGUCCAGCUGGAAAACGCUCUCGGUUCCCCUUCAGAAAACCCUGCAAGAUCUUCGCCGGAGUCAGGAGCGCAUUCAUCGUCGUCGGUGACAGUUGCGGUGUCGCCACCUCGGAUGUCGUUGGGGUGUUUCCAGCCCAGAAACCACGAUUCGAAGUCUUCGUCUUCGUCGUCAACCUCACUUUUCUCGCAGGUGGGCAACUUCAGGCUGUACGAGCGUCAGAUCCAGAGUUCCAGCUGGGAUGAAGAGGACGAACAGUAUGGAGGGAGGGAGGGCUAGUGAAAGCAAAAGAAGGAAAGCAGUGAAAUGCUGAAGGUAGCUGUUAAUUUCUACUAAUCAUCUAGUUCUUUUGUUAUUGUUUCUUGUUUUAAUCUUCUCUCUACAUUUUAUUAAAUGUCGUCGUUUGUUUGAAGAUGGUCUUACAGUAAACAUCAAUCCAGCUUACGUGUUUAUUCUCUUCCUCCAUUUUAUAUGACGUUGUUUAUUGUUAAGAAUUUAGAUCGGUUUUUAUA